UAAUUUCUGGUCGUCAGGUGUGGACGCUGGUACCUAGAGACCCGCUUCCCUGCACGGGGGGGCUGGACCACAGGCUCCACGUAGCUCCUGCGGAGCGCGACCUCUGCCUAGCUUGCGGGGAGGACGCGUUAGGGGUUUCCUUUAGGGUCUGGCUCUAGUGGCCGGGUGUGAAGGGGAAAGGCGGUCGCGCGGAAUUCUGGGACUUGUAGUCCGCGCCGCGCGGGGCCGCGGUUGGGUUGGGUGCACGUGGGUAACUGUGGAAACGAGUCCCAGAAUGCUUCGCGCCUUUCGGAGCUUCCCGGCUCUGCUAACUCGUGCUUUUUCCUCAGCGGACCCGAGCGCGCUCUUGGGAAUCUUCUCUUGUCCCCUGGGGCUGGAGCGAUUCACUAGACCUUCUCUCUGUGUCAGCGGGAGGGGGAAAACCAAGCCAGACACAGUCCUUUUGCACUUGGGUUCUUGAUUCACUAGUUGAUUGCUUCCUCCGGCAUUUGGUGGCCUUAUUUGUAAUUUGUAGGGUAAUGCUUAGUGUUUUAUCAUCUAGCUCAUAGGUUUGGAAAAACAUUCAAAAUUCAGCACGAUCUUAAAGCAGAGUUUAGGAUGCUGUGUUUAUUGUGGCAUCCAGUGUAUGUAAACACUAGUUUAAAAGGCUUAAUUUUACAUAAAUCUCGGAAUGCAGUGGAGACCAGUGUAACCCUUGUGAAGACUUCCAGCUGAACUCUCAUCUCUCAACACUGGCAAAUAUUCAUAAGAUCUACCAUACCCUUAAUAAGCUAAAUCUAACAGAAGACGUUGGCCAAGACGAUCACCCAACAGGAAGCCUGCGGUCUUGCAGUUCCUCAGACUGCUUUAGUAAAGUGAUGCCGCCGAGGAAAAAGAGAAGACCUGCCUCUGGAGAUGAUUUAUCUGCCAAGAAAAGUAGACAUGAUGGCAUGUAUAGAAAAUAUGAUUCAACUAGAAUAAAGACUGAAGAAGAAGCCUUUUCAAGUAAGAGAUGCUUAGAGUGGUUCUACGAAUAUGCCGGUACUGAUGAUAUUGUAGGUCCUGAAGGCAUGGAGAAAUUUUGUGAAGACAUUGGUGUUGAACCAGAAAAUGUAGUUAUGCUUGUCCUAGCUUGGAAAUUGGAUGCACAAAACAUGGGUUAUUUUACUCUGCAGGAAUGGUUAAAAGGAAUGACUUCUCUACAAUGUGAUACAACAGAAAAGCUCAGAAAUACUUUGGAUUACUUAAGAUCAUUAUUAAAUGAUUCUACAAACUUUAAACUUAUUUACAGAUAUGCAUUUGACUUUGCACGGGAAAAGGACCAGCGCAGCCUAGACAUAAACACUGCCAAGUGCAUGUUGGGACUGUUAUUAGGAAAAAUCUGGCCCCUUUUUCCAGUUUUUCACCAAUUCUUAGAGCAAUCAAAAUACAAAGUUAUUAACAAAGACCAGUGGUGCAAUGUGCUAGAGUUUAGCAGGACAAUUAACCUUGACCUCAGCAACUACGACGAAGACGGAGCGUGGCCAGUUUUGUUGGACGAGUUUGUGGAGUGGUAUAAAGACAAACAGAUGUCCUAGGACUUUAUGCAUAGCAGCGAGAGAGUCACUGUUACCACAGAUAUGUCAACCAUUAGCCAUAAAUUGCUGUUUGUAUCCAAGCGCAUGCUGCUUUUCUUGCACUGUCUCCCUUCUGCAGGGACGUUGUGGUGUUUGCUAUGGAACGGGUCAGCUCUGCUUGCUGUGUAGCAUUGUUCUCUUGGAAGGCUGCUUUGCGGUUUGUAUUUACACUACAGAUUGGUGAAUUUGCCAACGUCCUCACUGUGAUGAUGUGUAUAUUGCUGUUUAAAUUUUGUAUAUGUGUAUAAAAAGAAAAAGCUUCACCUAGAGAUUAUUUCUGCAAAACUGUAUUGUAAAAAUAAUUUUUGUGGCAUAUUUCUUAGUCCCUUUUUUCAGACGAACCAAUUCUACUUUAUUUGGUCUCAAAUGUAGCAUUUCAGAAAACAAGAGAGAACAACUGUUACCACAAGUAAAUGUUACCUGAAUUAACCUUCUUGUUUAAGAGGCCAACUUUCGUGAAGCAGGUGGGAGUCCUAAAUUUUCAGAGGCAUAUACCAAAUAUAAUUUGGUUUACUUAAAUAUGAGCGCUUUUAAACGACGGAAGUUCUAAUUACUUGAACAUACAGACACGCACCAUGCCACAAGCCUUUCCACCAUGCGAGGUGUAGGAUUUUAUCCUCUGAUGUUAAAGCCGGAGUAGUUCGAAUAUAGGUACACGUGAACAAAUGAAAAUCGCACCUUUUGAAAACGAGCUUGAAACUCUCGUAAACUUCCUUCAGCGGUUCUGUUUCUCCUUUUGCAUUCUCCUAGUCAGUGUUGGGUCUGCCGAUGCUUCCCGUGCCAUUCGAAGUAACCUUGAUUUCGCCUCCUCCGUGGAAGCCGAAUGGUUCGCUGGCAGUUUGUCACCGCAGAGCACUUCUAGUUGUGGUUUGGAUUUUCAGUUAAGCUUUCACGGUGUCUAAUUUUCUAGUUUUUUGGAAAAAGAACUCUACUGUAAGCGAGAGGUUUCGUUUCGUUUCGUUUCGUUUUGUUUCUCUCAUGCUAGGCUUUCCCUGGCAGAAUGUCCAUUGCAGGCAGUGGACACGAAACCACCAGCAUUGAGCUAACUUUAUUACGCAGUAGGACCUUUCCUGGAGGGGCCACUCGUCAUUCAUUAUCUGGGUAAUUUGUACAGAAAGGUGAUAGCCAUUAUUUAUGUGGAUGAGGAAACAAGAGUAAACAGGACGGUAUUUGGGGGUUUGUAUGCUGUGUCUUUUUUUUCCCCCCCUUGCCUUACCCUUCUUGAGGAAAUUUUUAGGUAACAUGUUCCCCCUCAACUAACUGGUGCUAUUGAAUGCCUGAUUUAGUCCCUAAAGUUUUGUGAAAACGUAAAAGUCUAAUGAUAUAAACCAAGUAAAAAGCUAAUGGUGCAUUUGAACAAAUGAAUCCUAUAGAUGUGAGCAGGAUCCAUGAUUAAAUAAUGAUUGGAAGAGGUUUGGGUUAUUUCAAAAUCUGGCCAAAAAAAUCUUUUGGAUUAAAUGUGAACCUUUAAAUGGCAUUAAAUGAGUAAAGCACACAGACGAUGCUACUCUUGACCACUAUGUCACAGUUUAUUUGCAAACAGUGUUCAGAUUUUCAUAUUAUUUUUUUCCCUAACUGAACCACCAAAGACAGAAAUUUUGUAUGUAUAUACGGUGUGUGUGCAUAUACAAAAUCAUGAUAUGGUAGAGUGAAAUUACUUCCUUUUUCUACCAAAUAGAAAUGUUUGGUUUGCUGUGAAAUAAACCAGAAGUGUGAAAAACUCUGUAGUGAUUAAGCAUACUUGAUCAUUCCUUGCUUAGGAAUUGUAGACUCACUUCUACCUUACAAAUUCAUACCAGUUUGCACAAAUUAAUACCUGAGAAGCAUAGAAGGUGUUGAUGGCAAGCACAGCUCUUGGGACCUAUGUGUUGCAAGGGGUUCCGUUCCAACGGGUGCCUGUUACUCCAGUGACGAUUGGCCAUCGCCAAGUCUGAAUUGGCGAAGAACUUGAUUUGUUUCCAAAAGUAUCCUGUGAAGUUAAAAAAACAAAAACACACUUUAAUGGCCACGGUUCUUAAAUUUGAUCAAUUGCAGUUUUGUUUAAACAAGUAUGAAUCACAGAUAAAGUUGUUGUAAACAAGUUAUUGUUAGAAACUGGAGAAUGUUUUAAACACUAAGCACAGUUAAUCCUAAAAUAAAAGGAUUGUUAUGGGGAGACGUUACAUUUCAUCCAUGGUGAACAUUUUGAUGAUGGGCGGAAAACCUGAGUGAAAACUGUUCGUGGUACAGAAUGUGAAAGUAGGUAUUCCAACGUGAUGAUAAUCUUGCAUAUUUAGAAAACUCCAAAUAAUUUUCAAACUUCCUUGAAAAAUAAGCCUCUGUGACUGUGGAGUGCUUGCCCUCAGUUCUUGAUUUUAUGCAGUCAGCACUUGUUUCUAGGGAGCAGAAAAGGGGCCAAAUGAGUAAUAAGAUACUUUUCUCUUAAAAAUGUUCCUAAGUUACAUAAAAUUGAGCAGUCAUCAGACACUUAUUUAGUGGUUAAUGUUAAAGAAAUUAGGGUGCCUUCUUCUGGUUUUUCUUUCUUACCUGUCUACACCUUUUCUCUCUUUCCACUGUGUUUUGAACUACACAUUGCAAUACUCUGUUGUCAUGGAAUACAACUUCUCAGUGUUUCCUGGUAGGUCAGAAGUUUCAUGAUUUGAUUUGCCAUGAACACCCACUGUAAUGUUACAUGCCGCUUUUUUGAAGCACGAACUCUGAAUUAAGUUUUUACAGAAUCUGACCAGACACCCCUCUAGAUUCUCAUUUAACAACGGACAUCUGUUGCUUCUCAAGGCUCCAUUUUAACAGUGCUUUUGAAGUUUAUACAGAAAGCUUUCCAAGUUAGUUUGUGCCCUUGGUUUUUAUUCUUACAACUGCUAAAAUACCUCUGUAAGCCUUAUCUUUUAUUCUUUCAUAUGUUGUAUAAUAAAUGUAUAGAAUUCAUUGACCAACUAAACGUUGGGUGUCUGUAAAUGAGACCAAAACAUGGGUUGCUUUUUAUCAUAGAAUCCUUUCCCUUGGGGGUUACUGUUAAGUGGACAGCAGCCAACCUGUAACUGUGAACGCUUCGUGUCGUCAGUAUUUGCAUUACAUCCAUAAAUGCGUGCAAGUCCUGUGACUCCAGCUUAACUACAAUACUGUUAUGCCACCUAACUUGAGUACAGCAAACUGGUUUUAGGUUUUCAUGGAAUUGAUGUAAAAUGAUAUCCCAUAAAUAAAAAGUAUUUGUGUUUGGUUUCAGAA